AUGGCCUCAUCUUUACCACCAUUUCCUCCGUUCAAUGUUGAAGACGACACCACCGCGACUGGUCAACGCUGGAUUAAAUGGAAAAAACGCUUUGAAAAUGUUCUUCUUGCCAUGGAUAUCGAUGAUGAGACAUGCAAACGCGCACUUCUUUUACACUAUGCUGGCUCGCCACCAUUUGAUAUAUUCGAGACCUUAACGGAUACCGGUGACGAGAAAGACUACAAGAAAGCGAUGGACCGCCUAACCGAGCAUUUUACGCCGCAACGCAACGUUGAUUACGAAACAUACCUCUUUCGUCAAGCUCGCCAACAACCAAAUGAGAUUCUCGAUCAAUUUACCACUCAUCUGCGCCAACUGGCCUCAACUUGCGAAUUUACCUCUGUUGAGGAAGAAAUCAAAUCUCGGUUGCACUAUGGAAAUAUCUGAAAAACAAGCCUCUGGCAUUGAAUCUAAAUCCAUUUCUCCUGAUAAAACUGAACUUUUAAACUAUACUCGUAUGUCUCAGCGUUCUCAAUCCCGUCAAUCGCCAUCUGCUCCUUUCCCAUGCACGUUCUCGAGAGUUCCCAAGCCCAUCGUCUGCAUGUGUACAUUGCGGCUAUCCCCAUCCACAAGGUCAAGCCAGCUGUCCUGCGCGCGGUUCCCAGUGUCGUUCGUGCGGGAAAAUGGACCAUUUUGGCUGUUGUUGUCGAUCUAAACCUAUCAGACCAACGUUCGAUGAAAGUAGCUCCCUUCGUAGCUCCCUCAAUCGUAAAGUAGCUCCCUCAAUCGCGUUUUCAACCACCCCGUCCUAACUCCUUUCCACGUCAACCUCCACGCGAGAUUCGCAACGUUUAAUACCGACACUCAACAAUACCUUACCUCUGAGGAUGAGUAUCUUUUCAUAGUAACUAUUUCCCAUGUCAGUGAUUUAACCACCCCGAAGGCCAAAGCCGGUUAUGAUUGCUAUCGAAUCAGUUGAUGGCCCAACUCCUUGGAUGUCCCCUCUCGUUGUCGAUUAGAAUCGAUUUAUAAAAGUCUUGUGCAGCCCUACUUUGAUUAUUGUUCCCCCCUUUGGGACACUUGUGGUAAGUUGCUAAGAGACAAGUUGCAAAGAUUUCAGUCUCGUGCAGCAAGAGUCCUAACGGGUGCUAAUUAUGAUACUCGCUCAGCUGAUCUUCUCAACAUGCUUUCCUGGGGUACACUUGAAAAUAGGCGGUCUGGUGCCAAGUCAGUAUUAAUGUAUAAAUACUUAACGACCACACUGCGCCAGGUCUCCGGGCGUCAUUCGUGAGAAGAGAAAUAGAUCAAACUAAUUAUCAUCUUCGAAACACAGCAACUGAUCUAACAAUUCCUAAACCGAAACGAGAAUUUCUUAAAAAAAGUUUUAAAUAUAGCGGCGCUAUGCUCUGGAAUCAACUCCCAAACAAAGCAAAAUUGGCCGAGCCGCCUCAUUCGUUUAAAUCAAUUGUUGGACAGCGACAUGCUUCCUAAUUAUUUGUAUAUAGUAACAUGUACAGUAUGUGUGUACUAAUAUUUAGUUUAAAUUUUCCUUUUAAUGAUUUUUAAGAUCUAAACACGCCCCCCAUGGAAACCAGCCUAGAGUUGAUGGGGCUAGCGUGUUCUUCUUUCUGUUAAUUUUAAAUAAAGUAUUACCUACCUACCUACCUACCCUUUCCUACUUUGUUCCCGAAAGACCGAUAAGAAUCUACGUAUAUGCUGGAAAGAAAACAGAGAAAUCGAGCAACGUUCCUGAAGGACUAUGCGCUAUUUUAUGCCAGAAAGGUGACGAUGGACAGUGGAAAAUGUGUCAAGUAGCCAACCGUGCCCUAACUGACGUUGAGACGAGAUACGGACAGACUGAAUUAGAAGCAGCUGCGAUCAAGUUUGCUUGUGCUGACGCCCUUUAUAAAUACUUGGUUGGAGCGCCAAAGUUUGAAAUCUUCACGGAUUGCAAGCCGCUUGUACAUCUCUUCAACAAUAUAACUGCGUAUCGAGCGACAAAUUCUCGCCAUUCAAGGUUUAGACUAUGUGGUCAAAUAUCAGAAAGGAGCUGAGAACAUCGCGGAUUAUGGAUCAAGACACCUGUCGAGGAGACAUGAUGAUGUUCCCAUGGUGAAGUCCGUGAACGAGUUAGAAGAAGGAUUACGAACUUUUGUCUCUGAAGACAACGAGUACCUUUCCAGAAUGGCAAAAGACGACAAUGAUUACCAAUUCCUAAAAGAAGUAAUUCAAAGAAACCUCUGGAAGAAACAUGGAAAAGAUCCAAGAGUUUCAAGAUUCCUCGGAGUAGCGUCCGACUUAUCUGUUGUUGGAGAAAUCAUCCUGUGUAAGGACAAAGUAAUUCCGCCUUUGAGCAGUCGAAGAAGAUUUGUCGAGAAAGCACACAAGAUUGGGCACUCGGGAGAGACCCGCACGCUGAAACUUCUUCAAGAAAAGAUUUGGUUUCCUGGAAUUGCUAAACUCUGUAAAGAAGCUGUACAGAAUUGUCAAAGCUGUCAAGUCACUCAUGAUCGAACCUAUGACGAGCCUCUUCAAUCAACACCAUUGCCACCAGGUCCUUGGCAUACAAUCUCUGUGGAUUUCAAGGGACCAUUCAAAGAUGGAACUUACGCCCUGGUCCGAUAUGAUCUUUACAGCCGUUAUCCUGUUGUAAGCUACUGCAGAUCUACAGCGUUCUCGUGUGUAAAACCGAUCCUUGAUUCGUGGUUAUCAACAUUUCGUACAGUGAAGGAGCUGAAAUCAGAUCGAGGACCUCCAUUUAACGGACAUGAAUUCAGUGCAUAUGCUCGCGAGAGAGGAUUCGUUCACAAACCGGUGAAACCCAGAUAUCCGAAAGGAAACGGUGAAGCUGAGAAAUUCAUGCAGAACGUGAAGAAGAUGGAGAGAAUUGCGAAACAAGAAAGGAAGAAAUAUCGCUGUCUCAUUGAAGGGAUGUUAAAUGCUUACCGUGCCACACCGCAUCCUGCUACAGGGAAAAGUCCAUUCGAGCUCAUGUUUGGGAGAAAAAUGCGACUUGGAGUAUUGCCAGAGAUCUCAGAAACACCCGAACGUGAUAACCACCCUAAAGUCAGACAAAACGAUGCCUUGUAUAAGUUGAAGUCGAAAAGAUACCACGACAAGCGCAGAAAUGUGAGAAAGUCCAGAAUUGCUGUUGGAGACAAGAUUCUCAUGAAAAACAAACGGACAGAUCCACUUAGCCCGAUUCCUGGUAAAGUGAUCAAUAUACGUGGAAACGCCGUGACAGCCCGAUUUGAUGACGGGAAAGUUUUUAUGCGAGACAAGUCACAUUUCAAGAUUGUACCAGAGAGAUCUUACGUCGAAGAGCGAGAAAGAGUACGAGGAGAACAAACGUUUCAAGACAGCAUACUCAACCAGAGCAGAAUCGAUCAGAGUACGCGAGACGUCCUGCCAGACCAGGUUAAUCGUGACGAAGCAGAUCAAUUGAUGAAUUCACACAAGAGCAGCACUAACGAUCGGAAACAGCCGAUUUACGUAACGCGCCAAGGUCGCGAGGUUUAUCUGCCGGAUCGAUUCCAAAGUUGAGGAAAAAUGGAAUGUUGUGAGAAUAUUAUGAACGUUUUAUAAUAUUAAGAACUCAUUAAGAACUCAUUAAGAACUCAUUCAGUUGGAACUUACUAAGUUAUGUAGCUGAUCAUGCAGCGUAUUAUUAGUUAGAUUAUCUAGUAUAUUGUUAUGUUAAUAAAGUAAAAACCCCAUAAAAAUAGAACGCUAUUUUAGACUUAGAUUAAUAAUACCGUGUAUGUAGUCGGUAAAGUACGUGUUAAAAAUACAUAAAUACAAUUUAGUGAAACCGAUAUUUGAGUUUAUAACAGGAGGGAUUGGUCAAACUCUGCCAAUCGGUGAACUAUAGAACACAAGCUAGAACUAAGAUUAUAUGGCGAUCGAUUGUUGUAACAUAUUAUAAUAAUGAGAGAUUGAGAAUGCACAAACAGGCCGGGGAUGCAUGGUGAUCGCGAUCUAAUUAAUGCUAAGCACUUAAGUGCUUAGCCAUGAUUUCAUGAUAAUAUAUAAUACUUGACAAAACCAUACAACUCUCUAGCCUGUGUGUCAGUAACAGUGUAGUCAACUGGAACACAGGCUAUAGUAACACAAAACGUACUACUGUGUACUUACUGUAAUGUUAGAUGUAACAAAAUAUUUUUUAUAUACAGUUCAUAAUAUUGUUUGAUUAUAGCGUACUUGGAUGAUUAAUUGCCUGCAGAAUUAUUGUUUAGCUAUUUCGUUUUAGCGUAUCUUAUUCAGUUGACGCAACAUCAUUUAACCAACGAAAGUGCGCGAUGUUUCGUACUCCGACUUUGACCGUUAUUUACUGGUUGUUAUAACUAAAAAAAUUGGCCAAAUCAACCAAAAUAUUAUUGGUGAAUAUCCGUACCAUUUGUAUUAUAGUUAAAACAACC